GUUGGUUAUUUUAAAAUUCAUCAGUCUCAAAGCAAUCUAAGCAAAAAUGAAGAGAGAAGGUCGUCAACAUGGCUUCGUUCGAACCGGGAUGAUUCAUCCGUCGGGAUUUAAUCCAAGACCCUCCAACCAAUUCGUGAACCGGCUUGAUUCACCACCGGCUAUUGGAGUAUUUACCAAAGUGCCAUCAAAACCUACUAAUCAUUCAAAAUCUGCAGGAAAACGUGAGCGUUCCAAGUACAGUAAUUGCCAUGUGUCGCCGGCUAUAAAGUCUGCGGACAAAUCUAAGGGUCGCCAAAAGUUAGAGUCGACAGAUUGGUGGGUUGAGGGUAAGCUAGACCGGUUCACCGGGUCGGAUGCGUCCUCUGCUAGAGAUAUUUUGGAUACAUUAUGUGGUGAAGAGUAUGGGGGUCAUGUUUAUGAUAAUGACGAUGAUUGUUAAUCAAUUCAUCAAGAAACUCGAAAGUUGUUGUUUUCUUAUAUAUAUGUUUGAGUUAGAUAAUAUUUUUAAAACAAGUUACGCGAAAAAAACAAAUGAAACAGCUAGCGAAAAUUAUGUGGUA